CGCAGAACAAGCAGUCCCUUACUACAGAGACACGGGGGUGGGUGGGAUGGCGGCUGCGGAGAUAGAGCAGUUGUUGACUAGGCAGGAAGCUGAGGUUCGCCGGCUUAGCCAGGUGAUGGAGUGGUUCCGAAAUGGAGGUGAGGAAGUGGUGGUCAGCCCGGACUUGCGGAGCCUCAGAGAGGAGAACGAGAGGCUGAAGUACCGGCGACUGCACCUGCAACGGAGCCUGCGGACGGAGCUGGCGAGAUGCCAGGUCCCACUCAGCACCGGGCGUGGGCCCCAGUGCAAAGAGUGGCCAUCUUAUAUUGAGGAGCGAAUACGCCUGUAUGAGAAUCUCAAACAGGAUCACGACUCUAUACUGAGAGAAAGGGCAGCACAGCACAGCAGAGUCAUCACUGUCACCCUUCAAGAUGGGACUGAGAUCACUGGGGAAUCCUGGAGGACAACGCCAUAUCAAAUUGCUUGUCAAAUCAGCUGGGAAUUAGCAGAGAAUUCGCUUGUAGCCAAGGUCAGUGGUGAGCUCUGGGACAUGGAUCGGCCCCUUGAAGGAGACACCAGUGUUCAGCUGUUGACGUUUGAAGAUCCUGAGGCACGAGCUGUAUACUGGCACUCUAGUGCUCACAUCUUGGGUGAAGCCUUGGAGCGAUAUUAUGGAGGCUACCUGUGGACUGACCCACCUGCAGAGAAUGGGUUCUGUUGUGACUUGUUCCUGGGAGACAGAGGCGUGUCUGCCAGUGACUUUCCCCACUUGGAGAAUAUCUGUAAAUCAAUCAUGAUGGAUUGUCAGUCAUUUGAGAGGCUGGAAGUGAGCAAGGAGAACUUGCUUGAGAUGUUUAAGUACAAUAAAUCUAAGGUGCAGAUAUUAAAGGAGAAGAUUGACACACUGACUACCACAGUCUGCAGGUGUGGCCCAUUGGUUGAUCUGUGCAAGGGACCCCAUGUCAGACACACAGGCAAAAUUAAAGCUUUCAGAGUUUAUAAGAGCUGUUCAGCUUCUUGGGAGGGCAAGUCUGACGUGAAGACAUUGCAAAGAAUCUAUGGGAUCUCAUUUCCUGACCACAGCAUGCUAAAAGAAUGGGAGCAAGUGCAGAAAGAAGCCAAGAAGCAGGACCACAGGAAGAUUGGACAGGAACAGGAAUUGUUUUUCUUCCACGAACUCAGCCCUGGGAGCUGUUUCUUCCUCCCCAGAGGAGCUGUUAUUUACAACACACUGAUGACAUUUAUACAGUCAGAGUAUCGAAGACGUGGAUUCACUGAGGUGGUCUCUCCAAAUAUUUAUAGCAGCCAUCUGUGGGAGGUGUCUGGCCACUGGCAGCACUACUGCAAUAACAUGUUCACCUUCGAUGUGGAGAAGGAGAUGUUUGCCCUGAAACCCAUGAACUGUCCCGGGCACUGCUUGAUCUUUAACCAUCGCCCACGAUCUUGGCGUGAGCUGCCACUUCGGUUAGCUGACUUUGGCGUUCUUCACCGCAGUGAGCUUUCAAGGACAUUGACCGGGCUGACCAGGGUGCGGCGGUUUGAGCAAGACGAUGGCCACAUCUUUUGCAUGGUGGAGCAGAUUGAGGAGGAGAUAAAGGGUUGCCUUGACUUCUUGUAUUCAGUGUAUGGAGUCCUUGGCUUCACUUUCCAGCUGAAACUCUCCACACGGCCGGAGAUGUUUCUGGGAGAUGUGGACACAUGGAAUAAAGCAGAAGAGCAACUGAAAUGCAGUUUGGAUGCGUUUGGAGAACCCUGGAGACUGAGUGCAGGAGACGGAGCCUUCUAUGGACCAAAGAUUGAUGUUGACCUGAAGGAUGCCCUGGGCAGAUACCAUCAGUGUGCCACCAUCCAGUUGGACUUCCAGCUUCCCAUUCGCUUUAAUUUAACCUAUGUUGGCAAGGACGGAGCAGAUGAUAACCAUCCCGUUAUCAUCCAUCGCGCCGUGCUGGGGUCGCUGGAACGUAUGGUGGCUAUUCUUGCAGAGAACUAUGCGGGGAAAUGCUUCCUCUCACCCUGAACAUGCCUCAAGGCUGUGUGCUGAGCCAUCUUCUGCACUCCCUUUUCACCUAUGACUGCGUUCCUGUACAUUGUUCUAACUCCAUAAUCAAGUUUGCAGACGACACCACGGUGAUUGGCCUGAUCAGAGGGGAUGACGAGAUGGCCUAUAGGGACGAGGUCCAGCACCUGGCCGCGUGGUUUCCCAACAACAACCUGGCCCUUAACACCCAGAUGACCAAGGAGAUCAUUGUGGACUUCAGGCAUGCUCGGAGCCACACUCACGUCCCCAUCUACAUCAAUGGAGCUGUAGUGGAGCGUGUAUCAAGCUUCAACUUCCUUGGUGUCCACAUUUCCGAGGAUCUCACCUGGUGUCUGAACUCCUCCAUCCUAAAUAAAAAGACGUAACAGCACCUUUAAUUCCUGCGGGGCAUCAAGAAAGCUCACCUCUGUCCCAGGAUAGUGAUGGACUUUUACUGCUGUACCAUUGAGAGCAUACUCACCAACUGCAUCUCAGUAUGGUAUGGCAAUUGUCCCGUAUCGGACCGCAAAGCACUCCAGCAUGUGGUGAAAACUGCCCAGCGGAUUAUGGACACCCAAUUGCCCACCAUUGAGAACAUCUACCAUAAAUGCUGACUGGGCAGGGCGAAAAGCAUUAUCAAGGAUACAUCUCACCCUAACCAUGGACUUUUUACUCUCCUCCCAUCCGGUAGUCACUACAGGAGCCUCCGCUCCUGCACCAGCAGGCUCAGGAAGAGCUUCUUCCCUGAGACUGUGACCCUGCUGAACCUCACAUCACAGCACUAAGCAGUAUUGUACCCAUAUUGUACAGUCUCAGUGCUUUUAUAUUUGUGUGCUGUAGCACUUUUUAUUCGCAGUUAUUUUGUAAAUAACUGAUAAAUAAAUUCUUUGCAUUUCUGGUUAAAUGCUAGCUGCAUUUCAUUUGGCUUUGUAUCGGCACAUUGACGAUAAAAUUGAAUCUAAUCUAACCUAAAUCAUGCAGGGUACCAGUAGGACAGUGAUUCCCAACAGGAGCAGUUAAGCGUUGAGAAUUAGAGGAAAUAGAAGUUGUCGGGGGGGUGUUCAAGAUUCUUGUGGGGGGGGGGGGUGUCAAUAAGCAGCACCCUAACUUGAAGCAUGAGGCCUGACCGAUCCCAAAAAAAAGAAUGAGGUACUAGAAUACAGGAAGAGCCAUUAUGUCUGCAGGCGGUGAACACUCAUCGUCACAAUAUGUCUGAAACAUGGCAAUCUCAUCCGACCUUACCAACCAAACAGACAUUAUUGGGGAUGUAUAAAUUAGCACUUAGGGUGCCCAGCAGUUCCUCUUCACUCACAACAUGGAAAGAGUUCAUGCACAGGUACACCCUCUCAACUUUCUCUCCUGAUCUACAGAAAAUAGGUCACGCAAUGAUACAGCAGAGGCCGGAACCAAUCAGUGAACCUGCCGAUCCCAAGGAUUCCUCCUGAGGUGUUCAAAGCGACCUUGGCUUCAUAUGUGUGGUUAAGAAUUGUGUGAUUAGUCAAUCGCGCUAACUGCAAUAGUAUAAAGGUAGCUUGCCAAACACCAGCUCUAUCCUGACUAAUAUUCAGAUUCCAACCUGAAUCCUUGUCAGCGUAAUUCUUGCUGUUGUGAUCGUCUUCAUCUUUGCCUCAUUGUUCUUUGGCAUGUCAAUUUGCUGUCGUUGUGAACAUCCGAUAGGCAUUCCCAGUUUGGGUUAAUUUUUUAUUUUAAUUUAGCCCUAUUAAUGAUGGAUAAAUAUGUCAGCGUGGUCUUAAUGAGUAUGAAGGCAGAGAAGCCUUGAACUCUAAUCCUGCUAAGAAAAAGAAACUACGGAGAGUGCAUCAAUACAAUGUUACACAACUUGAGUAUGGUUUUAUUCCAUUCCCAUUAGCUCAGCGAUGCCCCAUGUGUCUUAAUUUGUAAUACUGUACAGUCUAAUGAAGCCAUCAAGAUUGCAGGAACAAUUCCGUAAAAGACGCCCUAAAGGGGCUACUUAUUGUUUGAGAAGAUAAACCUUUUCAGAAGAUGAAAGAAGCAUUUUCAAUUUCAAAUGCGUUACACUCUGGAGUCAUUUGCCAGGAAAGCUAAAAAUGACCUUGAUAGUGGCCUUGUUGCUUCUUAUAACAUUUCCAAAAUGAUAGUAAAGUGUGGAUAAUCUCACACAAUUGGUGAAAGAUUAACAAUGACUGCUGUAUCAGAAGUGUUCACCACUGUUCUC